AUGAAUCCAAUCCAAACACCUGAAAAUGUUCCACGCCUAUUUGACCUGAUAAGACCAAAAGAUCAAAAGUUUGCUCCAGCUUUUUACAGUGUUUUACGCGACACCUUAGUAGCAGAAAAUUUACAACAAGCAAAUAGGAUAGCAUAUGGGAAAUAUAGAUGGAGUGUCGUCACUUUGGAUGGUAAACUUAUUGAUAAAUCGGGUACUAUGAGCGGUGGUGGUAAUAAA